UUCACCGACAUUUGUGCCUUGGGAAGUUGGAGGCCGAUGAACAAGUUUUGUCGUAAAAUGGAGACUUCUUAACGUUCUUCCUUUCACCUACACGUGAAAAGCUCUCACCUUUCUUCUGCUUCAUGUUAUAGAGCCGAUCUGCUGUUCCUCUCAUUCUUCAAAGAACCUUGGAGGGUAUCAAGAAGGAACAACAAGAACACAAGGUGUAAUGGCCUCUGAGAGGGAAGAUUUCAGCCUUUCAGGACCCUUGCACCUAACUUGUAUCAACUGGACAAAUGCAGAUCAUCGAAGGUCUGUAGCAGCCUGUUUGGUUCAGGGUGUCUACAUUGUGGAGCGUGACCGCCAUGAAAAGCGUGAAGAUUCACAAGCUCUGGCUCCACCUUGGUGGGAGUUCUUUCAUUUUAAGUUGCUUCGUCAACUUGUAGAUGAUGCUGAUCUUUCCAUCUUUGGUGCCAUUUACGAAUAUAAACCUCCGACCUCUCAUUAUAAUGACUCAAUUGAACAGAGCCCUCAUUAUGUAAUUGCUUUCCGAGGCACAUUGACCAAAGGAGACUCUGUCUCAAGAGACUUUGAGCUGGAUGUCCACUUAAUCCGAAAUGGACUCCACCGAACAUCUCGCUUUGAGAUUGGCAUGCAAGCUGUUCGAAAUAUGGUAGCUGCUGUUGGUGAUUCAAAUGUCUGGUUAGCUGGUCAUUCCUUAGGGGCAGCCAUGGCAAUGCUAGCUGGAAAGACUAUGGCCAAAACAGGCAUAUUUCUAGAAUCAUCCCUCUUCAAUCCACCUUUUCUUUCUGCCCCGAUUGAGAGAAUCAAAGAUAAGAGAGUGAAGCAUGGGAUCCGAAUUGCAGGCAGUGUAAUAACAGCAGGACUAGCUCUCGCUGUGAAGGCAAAGAAUCAGAACCAGAGGAAUGUCUCUGGGGAUCCAUUUGCUGCUUUGUCUGCAUGGUUGCCUUGUCUAUUUGUCAAUCCAGCCGACCACAUAUGCUCUGAAUAUAUUGGUUAUUUUGAGCAUAGGAAAAAGAUGGAGGAGAUUGGAGCUGGACAUAUUGAGAAGCUAGCAACACAACAUUCAUUGGGAGGUCUACUAAUGAGUGCUGUGGGGAAGGGUUCAGAAGCUGAAGAGCCUUUCCACCUGAUACCUUCAGCAAAUCUGACAGUUAAUCAAACUCCUACCGAGGAUUUCAAGAAUGCUCAUGGCAUUCACCAGUGGUGGAGACCUGAUCUAGACUUGCACUCCAAGCUUUACAGGUACCGGUAAAUUUUAGUGAUUUUGUGUGCUAUUAUAUAUAUGCCUUUUGAGGAAUUCUAAAAUGUCUCGUAUUGCAGUGGAGUUGGAACAUAUAGAUCCAUCUUCCCCAUCUACUGGAAGAAGGAAAAAAAAAAAAAUCCGUUCCCAUUUGUUAUGUAAUCCAUUAAUUAGUUGGAUUUGUUGCCUUUAUUGCGAUAAUCUUGUAUUCUUGUUUUGACUUUCCUUAAACUGGAGGUCUCAAACUUUGAAUCAUUAAAAAUGGAGUGUGUUUACUUACUCCAUCCUUCAUUCUUUUCUCUAGUUCAUACACACUCGUGUUCAUUUGUUUAGUGAUGGAAUCUGCCUUACCUCAUUGCAUUCUU